AUCAACCAACUCGCCUCAAUCCUCCGUCUCUGUCAACCGAAUCUUUCCACCAGAAUGAAGGUCGCAAACAACCUCUUCAUCGUCACCGGAGGCGCCGGCGGAAUCGGCAAGGCCGUCUCUUCGAUCCUCACUUCAAAGGGCGCUCUUGUCGCCUUGUUCGAUGUCCUGGACAGCUCCAAGGGCAGCGAGGUCGCCAAAUCCAUCGGCGACAAGGCCGUCUACGUUCAAGUCGACAUUACCGAAUCGGACAGCGUAAAGAAGGGGAUCGAGACUGCUCAACAACACUUUGCCAAGCAGCUGGAGUCUUCGGGCGGAAAGCUGUCGGGAUGCGUUCACUGCGCCGGUAUCGCCAUCAAGCAGGAAUGGACAAACAACAUGGUGGAUAGCAUCCCCAACUUUGAAAAGAUGCUCAAAGUCAACACUGUAGGAACUUUCGUCAUCAACGCCCACGUCGCAGACGCCAUCAACGCUCAAUAUCCCAAGGCCGACGGCGAGCGAUUUUUCACGACCGACGAAGAGCGUGGGAUCAUUGUCAACUUUGCCAGUGUCGCCGGGCACGAUCUGUAUGCAAGAUGCUUGAGCUACGGACCUACCAAGGCGGCUGUACUGGGCAUGACCCGAUCCUUUGCCGACUUUUUGGGACCUUCCGGUAUCAGGGUCUGCUCCGUCUCGCCUUCGAUCGUCAUCUCCGGCUUGACCGCCGGUUUCUCCGGCUACUUCCAGGACGACCUCACUGCCCACGCCGCUUUCCCCCGAUCUCCAGUCCCCGCCGAAAAGAUCGUCGACACGGUACUCCACCUCAUCGAGAACCAAUGGCUCAAUGGGGAGGACAUCCGUGUCGAUGGAGGUUGGAGGCUGGUCACCAACAGGGCGAAGGACAAGGCGGACCCCAGGGAGCUGGCUCCCGGUCUCGAGUAGAAUCUCAUCAAAUGUACCCGUAUUGGCAACUCGGUCGAUGACAAGAUGAAAGUUAGGUGGUCGGUCC